CCUUCGUAUUUACGUCGUGCGCGACACCACGAUGGUCGUCGCACGUUCAUGGCCGUAAGCCUGAAAAUAUUUUCGCGGAUGACGUUCUCCCGCACGGCCGAGAUCGGCGGAGAGUCGUUACGUUCGCGAUUGUUAUUGCGCGCCUGACGUACGCGUGCGGCUGCAGCGUCAUCCGCGGCUGUUACCGCCGGCCGGACUGUGCAAUGGAGAGCAUAUUCCACGAGAAGCAAGAGGGAUACCUGUGCGCCCAGCACUGCCUGAACGCGCUCCUGCAAGGCCCGUACUUCAACGCUGUCGACCUGGCGAACUUCGGCCACCAGAUGGACGAGGAGGAGAGGAUCCGGAUGGCCGAGUCGGGCGUCGACAGCGAGGACUACAAGCUGUUCCUCGAGCAACCAUCGGGAAACAUGGACGACAGCGGAUACUUUUCAGUUCAAGUUAUUAGCAGUGCUCUGAAAGUUUGGGGUUUAGAACUGAUUCCAUAUAACAGCACGGAACCGACAGCUUUACUGGCACAGAACGAUCCCUCGCGGAUGAGAGCGUAUAUUUGUAAUUAUAAGGGACAUUGGUUUACAAUAAGAAAACUCGGGAGCCAGUGGUUUAAUUUAAAUUCAAUGCUUAGCGGACCCCAGCUUAUAUCAGACACGUACCUCACGAUGUAUCUAGCUCAAUUGUUACAAGAAGGUUAUUCUAUUUUUAUCGUUAUCGGCACCCUUCCGCAGUGUCCCGCCGAGGAUGUUCUUCUGAAAAAUCCCAUAGUUGCGACGAAAGGCAAUACAAGCUCGGAGUCGAAACAACCCACCACGCCCAAGGGCCAGCGCUUGGGCACCAAGCUGGAAGACGAGAUCCUGAAGGCCGCGCUCGCGAUGGGCGAGGUGAAGGUCCCGCGAUCCUCGAGCACAGCCAGAAGCGCGUCCGCGCUCUCGCACAAGCCUGAACUGUCCGCGGAUGAACGACGCGAGAGGAUAAUCCCUAUAAGAAUCGAGGGCAGGGAGGAUAAGAGCGACGAGGAGGAGGACGAAAACGUACAAUUGGCCAGGGCGCUGCAGAUGAGCCUGCAGAAUGACGAGGACGACGUGGACAAGACGCUCAAGUUGCGACUGGACCUCCACACCGACGACAACGCGGCGGCGCAUUUAGCGGAGACGUCGGCGAGCGACGCGGACGAGGACGACGAGCUGAGACGAGCCCUGCAGCUGAGUCUCGAGUGUGUCACCGCCCCGCCUACGCCAGAUCCCGAAGAUCUACGCUGGCGCCGGUUGAAUCACUUCGGCAUCUACUCGCGAACGUCCAACAGUGAAGCUCCCGCGAAGCUGAACACUUAACAAUAAACGUUCAACACUGCACAAAUUAUCCAUUUACUAAACUGACCGUUGUAUUGUAAAUUAUACGAUCGAGUAGCUGAGCUCGAGGUGGUACGUCACUUUGUAUACUAAUAAGAUAAGAGAGACGUGUGUCAAAGGGGAUUCAAGUGCAUUUCCGGUUUUACCGAGAUCGAGCUCUCGUCGACGUCUCGUUUCUCCCUCUCAACUUUGUUAUACUAAUCGUUCACGGAAUAAACACUUGUUUGA